UGAGGGGACAGACGUGAGGGAUAUUUAGAAAGCCAGACAAUCAGCAGCUGGGAAUGGGGGUGGUAGAAUGGAAGCAGUGGGGUCGGCAUCUUUGGCAGUUACCCUCAUUGAAAGAAGGAAUCCAAGGGAGUUAAUGCUGAAUCCAAAUAGCACCAGGCCAUACAGAGCCCCCCACAUUCACCCUGUCCUCUAUUUCUGACAUAUUCUGACCGGGUCUUUGUUUGGUUUUGGAUUUUCUUCUGAAGGUCCAGAAAUGCCUUUGGCAUGUUUGACAGACUUUCAGGCUUUUGCCCGGGAGCGUCUGCCCAAGUCAACUUGGGAUUUUAUUGAAGGCGGAGCAGAUGACAGCUUCACGCGGGAUGACAACAUCGCAGCCUUUAAAAGAAAACUCUUUGUUGCUAAGCACAGAAUCCGCCUCCGUCCCCGGUACCUGAAAAAUGUGGUAAACGUGGACACCCGGACCACAAUCCAAGGGGAGGAAAUCACUGCCCCCAUUUGCAUCUCACCCACGGGUUUCCACUGCCUCGUCUGGCCGGAUGGAGAAAUGAGCACAGCCAGAGCGGCCCAAGCAGCCGGGGUCUGCUACAUCACCAGCACAUUUGCCACCUGUGCCCUGGAGGACAUUGCUGCUACUGCCCCCAGGGGCCUCCGGUGGUUCCAACUCUACGUGCAUCCAGACCGGCAGCUCAGCAAACAGCUGGUCCAGAGGGUGGAAUCCCUGGGUUUCAGAGCUCUGGUCAUCACUGUGGAUGUGCCCAAACUGGGCAACAGGCGACAUGACAUCCGAAACCAACUGGACUUAAAGCUGAACUUACUGCUCAAAGACCUUCACUCACCUAAGGAGAGAACGUCAAUGCCUUAUUUCCAGAUGUCCCCCAUUGACUCAUCCAUCUGCUGGAAUGAUCUCUCCUGGCUUCAGAGCAUAACUCGAUUGCCCAUUAUCCUUAAAGGGAUCUUGACAAAAGAGGACGCAGAGUUAGCCGUGAAGCACAACAUCCAUGGCAUCAUUGUUUCCAACCAUGGUGGAAGGCAGCUAGAUGACGUUCUUGCUUCUAUUGACGCCUUGGCAGAAGUGGUGGCUGCUGUGAAAGGGAAAAUGGAAGUGUACCUGGAUGGUGGGAUCCGAACUGGCAACGAUGUGCUCAAGGCUCUGGCCCUUGGGGCUAAGUGUGUGUUUCUGGGGAGACCAAUCCUGUGGGGUCUUGCCUACAAGGGUGAAGAUGGUGUUAAGGAAGUUUUGAACAUUAUAAAAAAUGAGUUCCACACUUCCAUGGCCCUCACAGGUUGCCAGUCAGUUGCAGAGAUCAAUCAGGACAUGAUCCAGUUCUCCAGGCUGUAAAGGAAGAAGGCCAAUGAGCAGACUGCUGAGGUUGCCCACAGAGAGAAGACAAACUCACAGCAUGGUGUGCAAUGCCUUCCUGCCUUGCCCCUAUCCUACCCAGAGGCUCAUCCCCUGCACCUUCAACCACUCCACCCCUUGUACUUCAGGCCCCAGACCCCUCCUCUUCCUCAAAGGUGACACGCUCUCCUUUACCUCACUGUUUGUUAUAUGCUCUUGCCUGAACUCCUCCUCUGAAAGAAAAAAACCUUAAAAACAUGGGCCAAUAAUGACUGAAAUGGCUAGCAGAUUUCUUUUUUUUUGAGUAUCCUAUAUAACUCCAUGAACCAACUAUGUAAAUUGACACUCUGUACAGAAGAGCUAUAUGUAUAAAAUGUUCUCCCACAAAAAUCCUACUCCUGUGUGUAGAUAAUAGGGAAAUCAUACAGGUAAAAACCUAGGCUUUGGAGCCACACAGGCCUGGAUUUAACAGUCAGGACUGGUACUGACCAGCUCUGCAAUGGGAAAGUUUUUUCAAUCUCUCUACCUAGCCGGCGAGGUCAAGAGAAAGAAAUGAGAUAACGUAUGUCAACCUUACAGUGCAAUGCUUAGCACCCAGUAGAAGUUUAGGAAAUGGUAGCUUUUAUUGUUUGGCAAAUUUCUAUUCAUCUUUCAAAACCUUGCACAAAUGUCACCUAUCCUUACUAUGGGCUACUUUCUAGGUAUUUCUUCCUAUUGUACUUCACACAUUCUAUU